UCAAUAUUUUACUACAGCGAGUUUUCACUCAUAAAUUCAUAAUUAAUGAAUUGUUAUUUCAUUUUAUUUUUACAGUGCAUAAUCGUAUAGUUAUUUCUGUUUAUUGUAAUAAAUUUAAAAUACCAAUGACGUUUAAACGAAUAUUUAAUUUUCUACCAUGUCUACGAUGUGUAAGGUUUAAUCGGACGUUUAACACUUUCGAUAGAUUGCACAAAAGUCAAUUGGAAAAAUUAAAAAGUCUUAAUAAGAGACGUUUCAAUGAGCAAUCAAUAUUUAAUUUAAAUACUAACGUCCCAAAAGAUGUACUUCUAUACAAAUCAUCUAGCGACAAAACAUACAAAAUGAUCAGCGUGUUUUCUAUAGUUCAGUUUGGGUUUUGGAUAACAGUAGCUGAUUCUUACAAUGUCUUACUAAACAAAGAGCCCGACAAUAAUGAAAACCAUCAGCCAAUAUCGUGGGUAGAUAAAAUAAAAUCUCGUGGAAAAAUAGCAACUCUUGGUAUUCCCAUUGCCUGUUUAUGUAUGGGUACAACAUUAAUUGCUAUAUGCUCUGUUUACACAAUGAAAUCUGUAAAAAUGUUGGUCUUGUGCAAAGGAGGCGAUCAUUUGAGUAUAACGUCUUUCGGUUUUUUCAAUCGAAAUAUAACGACAACUAUACCUCUUGAAACAGUUAGCUGUGCUGUUGGGAGAAAUUCGAGUGGUCAAAAUAUACCACUGAAAGUCAAAGGAAAAUGGUUUCACUAUACAUUAGAUAAAAAUGGCAAAAUUUAUAAUCCAAAAUUAUUUGAUUAUACUGCAGGAUUGAGUAGGAAUGUAUAAAUUUUUUUUUUUUUUUAAUUUAUUGCAUAGUACUACACAUUUUAUUAUUCUUAUAGUUACUUACUUUAUUUUACUGUGAUGUUCAGCAAUAUCAUUAACUGCAAAGUUAGCAUGUCCUUCAGGUUCUUCUGUAGUAACAGUAUGUUCUACCACAGGCAACCUAAAAUGUAAAUCAAAAUUAAAUUAAAUUUUAUUGCAGAUGUAAAUUGAAUUGUAUGUUUUGUAAAUUAAAAAAAAUAAGAAAGACUACUUGU